GAUGGACAGCUUGGUCUGUCUGAGGAUUGGCUUAAUAAAAAGUGAUUGACAACGAAAGUGUAGUAUCUGAUUGGCUGCAGUCGAAAAUGAUUGACACAUGCUCCGCCCUUUAGCCACGCCCACUGGUGCUCCGGCCUGCAGCAUUACCCUUCUCGGUUUGUCUGGCACCUGUGUGGCAUUAAUGUGGCCUUUGGCCCCGCCCAAUAUCGGUAUCGGCGAUCGGCCGAUCAUGGUGAAAGACAAAAAACACUGAUCAGUCCAGGAGGUGUAAAAAAAGGAGAGAGACACAAAAGGGCAGUUUCUGCUGGACCAUGUGUGCAACCACUACAGUCUGCUGGAGAAGGACUACUUUGGUAUCAGAUAUGUGGAUCCAGAGAAGCAAAGGCACUGGCUGGACCCCACCAAACCUGUGGCCAAGCAGAUGAAAUGUCAGCAGCCCUACACCAUGUGCUUUCGGGUGAAGUUCUAUCCCCAGGAGCCCAUUAAGAUCAAGGAAGAACUGACAAGAUACCUGUUGUACCUGCAGCUGAAGAGAGAUCUGUACCACGGCAGACUCCUGUGUCCAUUUGCUGAUGCUGCCUACCUUGGAGCCUGCAUAGUCCAAGCUGAGCUCGGGGAUUAUGACGCAGAUGAGCAUCCGUCUGACUACAUCAGCGACUUCAAACUCUUCCCCAAGCAGAGCCUCAAACUGGAGCGCAAGAUCAUGGAGAUCCAUCAGAAUGAGCUGAGGGGUCAGUGUCCAGCCCUGGCCGAGCUGAACCUGCUCCAAAGAGCUCACACGCUGGACACGUAUGGGGUAGACCCGCAUCCCUGCAAGGACUUCACGGGGACUACAGCAUUUCUUGGAUUCACUGCUCGGGGCUUCAUGGUUUUCCAAGGAAACAAGCGGAUCCACCUGCUGAAAUGGGCUGAUGUCAGCAAAUAUAAGUUUGAAGGGAAAACAUUUUACGUGAUUGGAGUACAGAGAGAGAAGAAACUGGUUUUGACAUUCCACACCUCCACACCAGCAGCCUGUAAACACCUUUGGAAAUGUGGCGUGGAAAAUCAGGCGUUUUACAAAUGUGCAAAAUCGAGUCAGAUCAAGACCGUCUCCAGCAGCAAUAUAUUUUUCAAAGGGACCAGAUUUCGCUACAGCGGUCGUGUUGCGAAAGAGGUGAUUGAAGCCAGUUCAAAGAUCCAAAGGGACCCUCCGGUUGUUCACAGGUCUCAGCUGGGUCAGAGUAGGAGCUACAACUCCCUCAGCCAUAAACAGCUCAUAAUGAACAUGGAGCCUUUACUGCCAGCACUGAGCUCAACCAAGGAACACAGGGAAACCUCAGCAGAUAACGGCCUGCUUGCUCUGAAAGACUCUGUACACCUGUCCCCAUUGAAGUCGUCCGUCACACCUGAAGAGAUGGAGCUGGAGGAAAGGGAUGGCCAUGCCCUAGAGCUGGGAGAAGAGGAGUCCGUCGUGAACGGUACAGGAGGAGAAAUGGAGAGGAGAGAGCAGGAGGCGGAGGAGGAGCAGGAGGCAGGUUCUCUCACUAUCUCUGACCUGGUUUACAGCCCAUGCGCCAGUAUGCUCCCUACACCUGUGGAAGAGGGACAGGGCGGAGUGGACUUCCUGUUCCAGAGCCCUGGCCGUUUGCUGAGAGAACUUCACGCCGACCCCGAGAUGCAGGCGGAGCUUCAGGCUGAGAGGGAGCGGGAACUGGCCAGAGAGGCCCUCCGACAGUCGCUGUGUAACCCACCCAGCGGCCGGCAGCAGCUCAGCGCCUGCAUCCGCAGUGCCGCCCGUCUGCUGGUCGUGGCUGCGCUCAUCCUCCUGAUCUUGCUGCCCUUGCUACUGGUACUGCUGGAGUCCGACCUGGACGUCUCUUUCCUGCAGGAUAUCCGCCAGACGCCUGAAUUCGAGCAGUUCCACUAUGAAUAUUAUUGCCCCCUGCGUCGGUGGUUCCUCUGCAAGCUGGAGCUCCUGAUGGAGCAGCUUUGGGAAGACUGAGGCUAAUAGCUAACAGCUUACAGCUAAUGGCCCUCCAUCAGCAGGGAUGAACUAACGGGACUCAUUAGGGAGGGUGGGGUGGGAGGGUGAACUGAAGAGGAAGGAAGGUUUGCUCUCAUCCGUCACACUGUUUGUUUCGGCUCACAACCUCAAGGCUGGAUUCACUUGUAAUUCUAACUGGAUGCAACGGAUAUCAGACAAAACCGCUAACUAACCAUGUUUAGGCUUAGGCUUAGUUUUUGGGUUGCAGUAUUGUAGUGGUAGUGGUGAAUAGUUUGUUUGUAGCAGAAAACCACACUAAAGCUUAGGAUGUCCAAGUCUCAUUGAAGCAAAUGGAUGAAUAGAGGGUAAGUAGCAUCUGAUAUUAAUGGAAAAAUCUUGCGACCAGUAGCUCUAUCCAUAUAAUAAGGAACAAGAAAGCCACAGUACAAGCUGCAUUUUCACACUAUUCACCAAACUACUUGUGCUGCCUUUCCAUUACAAAUGUACAUAUCCCUCAACAUCAGUUCACUUUUUAGAUUCAUGCUCAUGCUCAUCGUACAGUUACCAACAGCUUCAUUAAUUCACAGCUUAAAAAAUAGAAGGUUUCCAAGACUGAGACAAACCUUCCCUUCCUUCAUGAAGUCACAGCCUUCAGAUUCAUCUGUGUAUUUAAAAAAAACAAGAGCGUAAGGGCAAGAGAGACAUGCUCAGACUUAAAAAUCUCUUUUUAAAAUUUUGUACAUUUUUAUGUAAAGCUUACUAUUACUGGUAUUUUUCAGCAAGAAAACCUAAGUUAUGUUAUUUAAACAGAUUUAUUCUGGCCUGGUGUUUGGAGAAAAGCAAAAUAUUUUUAUUGACUAAUAACAAUUAUACGACCUCUGCGGGUCUCAACGUGGGUUUUUCUUAUACGGAAUAGCACAAUGUUACAAAUAUAAGACUUCUUUUUUCAGAUUACCUGAUGUCAUAUGCAGAUAUUGCUCUGGAAAAGAAAGAUAGGAUGUUUGUAACGAUGAAUGAAUAUCAGGUUCCAAAGCCAGUUCAUAGUUGUUUGUGAGGCGUAGAAUUAGGUCAAAUGUGGAUCACUGUACAUUAUAAAAGUAUGUCUCUGGUUUGUUUAAUACAGGGGUGUACUAAUAGUCCUUCAGUACUGGAGUUGUGCACCUUUGGACAACCAUUAACAUGUACUUAGUAAGUUAGGGCAGGCCAGCAACUAAAAAGUUGCAGGUUAAAAUUUCAUAACAAUACUUGUUAAAGCUCUUAAAUCCCCAAAAUCCUAGGACACUAAUGAGUUGAUCUAAGUUAGCCUACUGGUACAAGAAAGAAGUUGUUCUAUUUUAGAAUAGGUAGAAAUCAUACUCGACCCACUGGUAGAACAGGAGAGACCAGAAUCCAGAAGGUUGCAGGUUUAAAUCCAAUGACAAAAUUUGUUAAGACUCUUAAAUCCCUACUGCCCCAGGAAACUACUACGUUGUUAUAAGGUGGCAUGUUUAUAGGAAGGCUAAGCUAUCAGUUAGAAGGUUGCAGGUUAAAAUGUUUUAAGUAUUUAAAUCAUAUGGUUGUUGUUUCAAAUCUUGUCAGAAAGGACAACAAUAAGUAAUAGAUAAUAGACACUUAUUUCCAACUGAUCCAGAUGGGGGCACCAGUGUGUUCUUUGUUGGGGCAGCAAACACACUGCUGGUCACAGCAGAGAACCAGAAGACACAUUUUUGAUGGUUCAAAUUCCUUGAAAAGACUUAUUAAGAUUUUUAAAUCCUCAUUGGCCCAAUACUCUGGGUUGUAAUAAGUUGGUGUAAUAGUAGAAAGGCUCAGAAGCUUUCAGUCAGAAGGUUGCAGGUUCAAAUGUCAGACUGGAAAUAUCUAUCUUGAACCAGAAAUCAGAAGGUUGUUGGUUUGGGCAGUACAAAGUAAUAGAUAAGUGGGGAUAAGAAUAUAAAAAAUAUGUUUUUCUUUCUCUGUAGGAACAGGGGACCAGAAAUAAGCAGGUUGCAUGUUAAAAUCUCACUGCUCCAGAUUGGCGACUGUAUUUUUUGCACUAUAAGGCACACCAUAUUAUAAGGCGCACUAUCAAAAAUGUCUAUUUUCUGAUGUAUUUUCAUACAUAAGGACACCAGAUCAUAAGGCGCAUUCUAAGAGACACUAUAAGGAACUUCUAAUUCAGCAGGUCUCACCGCUGGGUGGUGGUGGGGGGAGUAGCUAACUUAGGAAAGCUGUAAAUAAAAACAACUUUUUUUUUAAGUAAAACGAGCACUGGGUGUAAAUCUACACAGAUUUCUCUCUGGAAAGCUGUUUAUUUGGGUGAGUAAAGCGCUUUUGUUUAUUUACAGUAAGCUUAGAUUCCCAAAUUUCUCCAGCACUAGGCUGGAGAAUUAGCAUUAGCAGCUAACCGUGCUAGCCAGGGUUAGGAGCAGGCUAGAGGCUGAUAAAAAAAAACCUGACGGUGAAAUAGCAAGCAUGGUUAGCAGCUAAUGCUAAUGCUACUCCAGCAGUGCUAACCAGGGUUAGCAGGAGGCUACAGGCCGAUAAAUCUCACUCUGGGAAAUAGCAGUUAGUGGCUAAUGCUACUCCAGCCCCGGUGCUGAAGAACCAAACUGAAACUCCUGAAUAACACUGUACUUUAGCGGAAUGGUAAAACUCUGCUGACUGGCAAAAUUUAUACAUAAGAUCCACUGGAUUAAAAGGUGCAUUAAUGGUUUUUGGGAAAAUCAAAGAAUUUUAAGUGCGCCUCAUAGUGCGAAAAAUACAGUAGUUACACAGCAAAAUGACAAAAUUCCCCAAUAAAGGGAUAAGUAAAGUAUAACUUAAGUAAUAGCUUUAAGCAGAGCCAUGUAUAAGAAAAAAGAUAAAAAAUGUAACAAUUAUAUUGUAAAUAAAAGUAUCCAGAUGAUUUAAACAAAUUUUGAUGUUUUAAUAAUGUAAAGUGAUUCAACAUAAUGGAGGUGGUAGUACAAGGGCUAAUGACAUAUACCUAAUUAUACCUUCAUUAUUAUACUGAGAGAAAGAGAGAGAGAGAGAGAGAGAAAACACGUAUACCUUGAUAUCACUGUACAUGCGAUCCUUCAUCAUAUAUGUGUACAAAUAAAAACAUUUGAAUGGAAUUCUCAGGAAUGUAUGAGACUUACUGAAAGAUCUGCAAAUAGAAUAUUGUAUAUUUUGUGGCAGCAAACAUAAAUGUGUACAUAUAUGCAUUGUAUUAUUCACGGCUUUAUCGUUCAGAGUAUCACAAAGUACAUUACUAAUCUGUAAAUGUAAAAUUCAUUCUUAAACCAAACCAUAGUAUGUCAUAUUCAUUCUGAUUCAAAAAGUUACAAAGUAUUGUUGAGCAUAUAUACAAAUUCAUCGCUUAGAUUCACACUUUUUUUUAGCUCUUUAACUCCUAUGUGAGGUCAAUGCAUGUCACCUUUGGCUUGGUUAGAUCCUGGCUGAACACAGAUGCACAUGAAAAAAAAUAUAUACGUGGGCAUUUAACUACUUUAGUUUGCUAGACAUGUACAGCUCUGCUAAGUUCUGCAUCGAGUACAGCAUGCUCUUUGUAAAUACCGAACACCAUAACGUCAUUCAUGACGCUCUUGGAAUUCAAUAGAAAAAGACUUUCGCUCUCAUUUGGGUUGAAAUUCAGCUCAGAUAGAUGAUGUCAUGGUGGACUUGAGUUGGAAAACCUGUAAUAGCCAGUAAUAUGAAUGAAUCUUAAUCUACUUUCUUUAAGAUGCUGCUGAAGGUCUCAUUAUCAUCAGUCAUUAUGUGGUUCUUUUCUAACUGCUUUCCAUCCUUGUAAAACAGUAGUAGCAGUAGUAAUGUAGACAGUAGAUUAUCUAAAGCUAGUGCUUCUGUGUGUGUGUGUGUAUUUGUUACCAUGCGAAACCAGACAACUUAGGGCUAAAUUCAAUCAAACUGCACUUGGAACCGCCAGGGUUUUGUUGGCUUUUUGAGGUCGGUCAUCAUGCAGAGUUUAUACUGUAGCUAAAAACAAACAUACCUUAAAUAUAUAUAUAUAUAUGUAAUUACUUACUGUAAAGUAAAUGCAAACAAUAUUAAUCUAUGUAACAAAUCGUACAAGUGCUUUCAGUCCAGAAAUUUCAUGGCGGUUUAUAGCAAGUUGAUUGGCUUUGGCUGUCGAUGUCGUAGUUUCUCGUCAUUGUAACGUGGCAAAGUACAAGAUGUUCUGCCCAAUUAAAAUAAUAAUAAGUUAUGAUUUUUGAUGCAUUGUUUGCUGUUUUUGUAGCCUUGCUUUCUGUUGCAUGACGACACGCCCCCACAGAUUGCGAUCACUCUGUACAGCUGUGGGCCGUUGAAUUUAUUUGUCCUUAUCUUGAUGAAUCUGAAUGACCUAAGUUGGAUUAUUUUUCUUUGUAAAUGAGAAAAAAGGCAGUAAAAAAAAGCAAAUACUAAUUUAAUUGUGAAGGCUACUGUUAUAAUUUGCACAAGCGUAUGAUACAGUGAAAUGUAACAGUCCUGGGGCCGGAUUCACAAAAUCUUAAGAAAAAGUUUGGUCUUAGAUGGACCUUUUUUCCCAUUGUACUGGAGACAAAAAGAAAACAUUAAUCUUCAAAAAAUCUUACUCUUCUCAUUAUUUCUUAAUGAAUAAUCUAUAAGAAAUUUGUAUUAUCAAAUCUUUUUAACCUUAUAAUCAUCCUCUCUGUCAUGGACUGUAAAUAGUACAGUUAUUUAAGCCUCUAAAAUAAUCAGUUUAAAUUAAAAAGCUAAAUUAUUAGAAGUAAUGUGAUUUAAGAUAACUUUUUUUAAGAUUAAAACAUAAUUUAAAAAAAUUAAAUAUGAGGAUCUAUUAUUAAGCAUCAUCAGUUGAGAACAAUGCUGCACUUUAAAACAUAUAAUUAAUUUGAUUUACUUUUUUAUUAGGACCUUUUCAAGAACAAACAUUGUAAAAAUAAAUAUUAUAAAAUUGUACCAACUUUUAAUACAUGUCAUAGUUAAUUUAUUAUUUUUCUCAGUGCUAUAAAGUAUUAGUGUAAUAUAGUAUUAUAAAUACAUAUAUUUACAAACACAUCAUUACACAUUCACAUUUUCAUUUCGACACCUUCCUAAAAUAAUAAUCUCAAACUAAUUUUUCCACUUUUCAGAAAAAAUCAUGACAAUUGUUAGCAUUUCUAGCUAGCUUGCUGGAUCUUACUGACUAAAAUGCAGAUAAAAAAAAAACAAUAAUAAGACUAAACAAUAUGCAGUUGUCUUUUCAUUUUCUAUUUGUCUAUUUACCUUUAUUUAUAGCCUUUAUUAAUAAGAAGUAAACUUUAUAUUCUAGUAAAAAACCUUAUCACUUAACAACUAGGGACAAGCCCCCAAUUGUGCAAAUGAGUUCAGUGAAGGUAGCUGCCAUAUUGGGAAGUUCAAAUCACACUGCGGACAAAGACCAACAUCCUAAAGUGGAAGAAUCAAAUAAUCUGAUUAACUGAGGGUGUAGGCGAUUUUACCACAAGUGGCAACGCAACAAUGUGAGAAAAUGAUUUACAUAAAAUAAAAAAAGACUUUUAUUACUAUAUUGGGAAGGUAACGAUUUUUAAUUACAGGUUCAUUGGUCUAAUAAUAAACAAGAGGGUUGAAUAAUAUACAUAAUCAUAUUUUUAACUUUUUUCUUAGGUAGAUUUUUGUGAGCCCAGCCCCUGGUAGCUGUACAGUUUUGUCCACUUCAAUGAAAGUCUGUAAAUUCAUGUUAAAGAUACAAAAACAAUGUUUUGUGUUUAGCUUUAAAGUUGCAUACUAAAAGAUCAUUGCUGAUCACGUGUCUCGUCACUUCAGAACUGGACAUCAGGUACAGAACUGUUCCGGUCAGGGAUUGUUCUGGCCUUUGCUUUUCAUCACCAUUAAACAUUCCAUACUUUAAGCCAUUUAGAAAUAAUAAGAACUGCUGUGAAAUAUUUUCACAUUGUAAAGACUAAGUGUACCUUUAAGUAAAAGUAAGAGUUUGUGAAAGGUUUUUUUGUUUGCAAGUUGAGUGAAAGUUUCUAAAGGUAGAGAAAUUGGAUUUUGUUGUGUAGGGAAAGUCUGGAAGUUCUUUUAAAGGAAUGUUUUCGAAUGCUGGAAGAUUUUCAUUUAGUGAAAAUGAAUGUAUUGUUUUGAAAUAGCACUUCUAAAAAAAGACUAUUUAAUUUGAGUGAUUCUGUCAUAUCAAAAUAUUAUAACCACCUCCUUGUUUCUACACUUACUGAGCAUUCUUUUUUAGCUCCUCUUUGAUAUAAAAGCACAUUGAAGUUCUAUAAUUGCAGACUGUAUUACUGUAUCUGUUUCUCUGCAUAUUUUAUUAAACUGCCUGACCAAAAAAAAAAGUCGCCACCAAAAAAAACAAGUCACCCACCAUUAAAUUUUAUUUGACCCUCUUUAGCUUUAAUUGCAGCACACAUUCGCUGUAGCAUUGUUUUAGUAGGCUUCUGCAAUGUCACAAGAUUUAUUUCAAGACCAAGACUUUUAGUAGUCGAGUCUGAGACCAGACCGAGAAAAAACUUCACAGAGACCAGAUCAAGAUUUAAAAAUAAAAAUUCAAUUUUAAAUUUCAUUUAUAGACCGUUUCAAUGAGGAAAACAUUAACAAAGCUACUGCGCAUACCUGUUCCUUUAACGCUUCCGGUGGCGCUAUUUUCAACUAUACAACUGUCAAAACUAUAAUAAAAUAUAAUUACUUUCUCAGUGGAAAAGUUGGGAAUAUUUGUUCCUGUAGUAGAGAAGCAUCACUAUAGUGUAUGGUGAGGUUGGAGCAAGUCAAACGCGAUCCAAAACGUACUCUGCAUGGUUUAUAGAUAAGAAGCAGGGAGAAGUUGUGAGCAGACACUGUAACUGCAUGGCAGGUUAGCAGUGUUAAAAAACGAAAGCAGGCGUGUUUACUAUGGAGGACCAAAAAUGACAUAAGUAUAAAUAAAUAAAUGUUUAAAUAAAUAAAUGAAUAAAUAAAUAAAUGUUGACAUAAAUAAAUGCACAUAUAAAUGAAUAAAUAAAUAUAAAAAUAAGAAAUGUAUUGAUUAAUUAAUUUAUUUACCUAUACAAUUAUUUGUGCACGUAUUUAUUUAUUUAUAUAUAUAUUUAUUUAUUUAUACAUUUAUAUGUGCAUUUAUAUAUAUAUUUAGUAAUUUCAACAUUAAUUUAUUUAUUCAUUUAUUUGUUUACAUAUUUAUACAUUCAUAUGUGUAUUUAUUUAUACUUAUGUAAUUUUUGGUCCUCCAUAGUUUACUUGUUUAAAGAACAAUUUGACCUAAUUUUCAAUGUUUGUGACUCUCAGAUUAGGUAAAGUUUGCGUUCAUGUUAAAUUAAAAAGUUACGUCCACUGUUUUGAGCGCUGUUUGCCGCUGAACGGAAGUGUCCUAGGAACAGCGACGUCACUUCCUACGCUCAUGAAUAUUCCUCUAAAAUGGAUCAGUUUCUAAUGAACUUCACUUCAGACAGAGGACUCAUUCACAGUCUCCGAGUCCACCUCACCCCGAGACUCAGAGAAAGACUGAUUCGAAACAAGAGACUGAGACCGCUCAUUUUUUUUAUCUCGAGACCAGACUCAAGUCAUACCAAAUUAGUCCUGAUCAUUGAAGAACAGGGAGAAAUGAGAUACAGGACUACAUUCUGUAAUUAAAGAACUACUAUAUGUGCUCCUAUAUGCUCAGUGGAGCUGAUAAGAUGGACAUUAAGUGCAGAAACAAGUAGAUAAGUAAUAAUAUUCUGACUGAACUGUGUAUAAUCAGGCAGACAAUGCUGAAUUGGAUUAUUCAUCGUACAUCAGUGUCACCUCGUCUCAGUUAAACACCAGAUCAAAUGUGUAGAGUAAGUGGCCUCAUCAGAAAAGAAGAACAGGAGUCUAUUUCCCUUUAGUAGUUAGUUUUCAUUCAGUUUGACAAUAAAAAGAAAAUAUGCAACUUCUGAAAACAUCUGGAACAUGCUGGUAUAUGCAAUUUGGUUUUAACAGAUUUGUGUUUUUUUUUGUUUUGUUUUUGUUGAGUAUUUCUUAAUUUCUCAGAUGGAGUGUAUGCAAUGCUGUCUUUUGUUUGCAUGGCUAUCAAAAAGUUUUACAUGUUUUUUUUAUGUUAAAAAAAAAACAACAACCUUGUCUAUGUCAGUUCUACAGUGCAACUCUGGGAGUACCAAGAUAAAAAAAUAAUAUAAAUAUAUAUAUAUCCCGGUUUGUGGAACACUGGGACUCAAAGCCUUAUGAAAUUUGUAAAGUGAAUUUUGAUUGUUUAUAUGUUAUAAUUAUGGAUUGUUUUAUAUGUUAGUACUGCCACAAUAAAAUUCCCAAGUGAAAAGCA